AGUGAGAAUGUUCUCAACUGAAUACUCAAAAAGACGGGAGAGUAUAGUUGAAUAAAAGAUCCAUGAUAGUGAGCGUGAGCGUGAUCUUGGAUCGAAGAAGCCGCAUUCACGCAAACUAUAAUUCCAGAUUCCAGAAUCAUACAAGAGAAGAAGAACACAUCUCACUCCAAACACACACUGUGAAGAAGAGCGCUUGAGAAGGAGAUCCAAUCGAGCAUCCAGCUGAGACUCCCAAAGCCACUUGCUGAGUGCAAAACUUUCUUAUUUUGCUAUUCCCCAAAUUGCACCGUUCCGCAUGCUCCAAAGGAAUUAAUUUCAUAUGUUGCAGCUAAGUUCAAAGUCAGCUGGUUGGUGAUGUUGUGUCACUGAGCCAAGAUGGCAUUCAUAACUAAGAUAAAAUGGGUUGUUCUGUCUGUAUUCACUUUAUCUGUGGCAUCUAUCAUCAUUCAUCUGUCUUUGACAAAGUUGUGGACUGUUAACAUAGGGCAGUACAAAGCACUGCCUAUUCUUUCCGAAGAUUUUGCUUCCAUGUUGGGAAGACAGGGUAUAAAGAAUAAGAAGCUAUGGGGUUCCGUAAAGUCAUUGGAAGCAUUGCAGCCUAAUGCCAAUGCUAGAAGCAAUUAUUCUGUUCCAAAGGAGCAGGGAAAUGGUUUCAUCUAUGCAAAAGUUUCUGGUGGGUUCGCAAAGAUAAGAUCAUCGAUCUGUGAUCUGGUCGCCAUAUCUAGGCUUUUAAAUGCUACCCUUGUCAUUCCAGAAAUUCAAGAAAGUACUCGCGCAAAAGGAAUUAGCUCAAAGUUCAAGAGUUUUUCCUAUCUUUAUAAUGAGGAGCAGUUCAUAGCAUAUCUCAAAAAUGAUGUAAUCAUUGCAAAGACCCUGCCUGAAAGUUUGAUUGAAAGGAGAAGAAGAAAUGAAUUUCCUACAUUCAAACCCACAAGUUCAGCUUCUUCAAACUUUUACAUCAAAGAAAUCUUACCAAAGCUAAAGAAAUCAAAGGUUAUUGGAUUAAUUAUUGCCAAUGGUGGAGCUCUGCAGUCAAUACUCCCUCCUAGCAUGGCAGAGAUUCAGAGGCUAAGAUGCAGGGUUUCUUUCCAUGCCCUUCAAUUUCGUCCAGAAAUUCAAAUGCUUGGCCGUCGGAUGGUUCACAAGUUAAGAGCAUUGGGGCAACCCUUCUUAGCAUUCAAUCCUGGUUUACUGAGAGAAACCUUGGCAUACAAUGGUUGCGCAGAACUUUUUCAGGACGUACACACUGAACUCAUACAACAUCGAAGGGCUCAAAUGAUAAAGGAAGGAAUUCUUGAUGAGGAAUUGAAUGUGGAUUCACACUUGCGAAGAGAUAAAGGUCUAUGUCCGCUCAUGCCUGAAGAGGUUGGCAUUCUCCUUCGAGUAAUGGGUUAUCCUUCCAAAACAAUCAUUUACCUGGCUGGUUCUGAAACAUUUGGAGGUCAACGUGUUUUGAUUCCUUUGCGGUCCAUGUUUUCCAAUAUAGUGGACUGCACUUCCUUGUGCAGUGAGAAAGAGUUGUCUGACUUGGUUGGACCAGAAACACCUCUUCCUCAAAAUACUUUUCAACCACCUCCUGCAAAAAGUGAGGAAGAACUUAAAGAAGAAUGGAAGAGAGCUGGUCCUCGACCUCGGCCUCUUCCUCCACCUCCAGAUAGACCAAUUUACCGACAUGAAAAAGAAGGUUGGUAUGGUUGGAUCACUGAGACCCCUACAGAACCUGAUCCUUCACCUAUGGAUCUGAGGAUGAAGGCACACAGAUUACUUUGGGAUGCGCUUGAUUACAUUGUUUCGUUGGAAGCAGAUGUCUUCUUUCCUGGAUUUAACAAUGAUGGCAGUGGAUGGCCAGAUUUUUCAAGCCUUGUCAUGGGACAUCGACUGUAUGAGAAUGCUGCUUUUAGAACAUACCGACCAGACAGGAAAGUUAUUGCGGAACUUUUCAACAUCACUCGUGAAAAUUUGUACCAUCCAAAGCAUAAUUGGACAAUUUUAGUCCAUGAACAUCUUAACAAAAGUAUGACAGAAGAAGGCCUCAUAAGGCAAUCUCUCUUGUCAAAACCAGCUAUGUUCCUUUCACAUCCACUUCCAGAAUGCUCCUGUAGAAUAGCUUCUACCAAGGUUGCCAAUCGUGUCAGAGGUGAGGAUAGCCGGUUUCUAUAUGGAGACGAAGACCAGUGCCCCAAAUGGAUGCAGAGUGCUGAUAAGGCAGGUUCAUUGGGGAAAGAAGGGGUCAAAUCCGAAGACGAUGGUCUGCCAGAUUAUUAAAGUAAUGGUUUUGUUGAUGAAUCUGAAUCUGAUAAAGUCGAUGGCAAAACCAAUCAGACUCCACAGUGGGAUCAAGAUGUGGAAAUGGAUCCAAAUGACUAAAAGUGGAUGAGCAUAUCGUAGCUAUAGCCUAUAGUUAUAUAGCAUCCAAUUUUUCCGUAAUUUCUGAGAGGCAUAGGUUAUAACAUGCUUCGGCGACGUACAUGUCUCAAUGCUAUCUUUGCUGAGCAUAUGGGUUAUUCAAAUCUAUUCUUUCAUUAAUUUUGGGUUAUUUCUCCGUGGACAAAGAGAACAUUUUUCUUUUUCUUUUUUUCUUUUUCACUUUAUACUUACCACUUCCAACAGAAUUUUUGUUGUAACAUACACAUUACAAAAUGAAGGAAAAAGGAUCAGCCGUCGGCUUAAUUGCAGCACAACAGAUAAAGUUUCCAAGAUUGUGUGUCUACAGUUUAUAUUCCAAUUGUUUCUGUUUUGUAAUAUCUUCUCUGUUUUUAGUUAUGUGGAUGUUCGUUGUCGCGGUCAUCUUACUUAGGACAUUCCUCUUUCUUUCACUAGUUUAUAUUUGUAUGCAUGGAGAGUCUAACACAACUUAGUGAUGAAUAGCAGUUUGCGGAUGACCUGUUACUGUACGCAAAAGUCUCCCUCGAUGAAGCUAAAAUCAUUAAAGACACCCUCAAUUAUUUUUGUUGUUCCUUGUGUCAAAAAGUCAAAACAAGAAAAAAAAAUCAAAUUCUGUUUAUCAAGAAAUGUCAAUCAUAACAGAGCUUGUGAAAUAAGUGAAGCCUUGGGAUUUGAUCUCACAUCUGAUUUGAACAAGUAUCUAGGAAUUCUCUUACACCACAAAAAGAGUAGGGAGAUUUUCCUUUCACCACAUAAUUUCCAGAGUUCAGAAAAGGCUUAAUUCUUGGAAUCAAGAUAGCCUUUCCUUGGCAUGAAGGCUUACCCUGGCUCAACCUGUCUUAGGAGCUCUAUCUUCUUAUUCCAUGCCAACUAGUUUCAUUCCUUUGGGUACGUGCAAUGAGGUGGAGAAAUACACGAGGAGCUUUCUUUGGGGAUCAAGUCAUGAUCAUUAAAAAGUCACAUAUCAAGAUUGGGCAUGGACCUUAUCCCCAAGAUAAAUGAGAGGAAUCUCACUGAACUGGGACAAAAUUACUAAUGCUUCUAGGAUUCUACUUGGAAAUGAUCAACUAGCUCAUUUCUGGAGUAAUAAAUGGCUACCCAACCUUGAGCAACUUCUCCUCCUAACCAAUUCAACCUAAUCUGUUGUGUUGUGUCUAAAGAUGGUUGAUUUUGUUAAUGGUCAGGGCUGUUGGGACUGGAACAAAUUCCAGCACUUAAUUCCUAAGGAAGCAGUAGAUCAUAUUGCUAACAUCAUGCCCCCACAAGAUCGUUAUUCCCAAGAUUGAGUUAUUUUGAACUUGUCCAACGAUGGAGUUUUUAAUCUCAAAUCAGCUUACUCCCUCCUUGUGCAGCAUAAUUCUGCUACUUCAAACCCAAAGUAAAGUCAUCUUGGAAAUGGGAUGGACCACAAAGGAUUAUGGUUAUUGUUAGGUGACAAUCUUCUAACUAAUGAAAAAGGAUAAAAAGGAGCUCAUCUUCCACCUGCUCUUGAUGUCUUAAGAAAUGCAGAAAGCACCAUUCACACCUUUCAGGAUUGUCCUAGUUGUGUACUAAUGUAGU